AUGGUCACUUUGACCUUUGGCAUUCUCAAGACUUUUUUCGACUUAUCCUGUCCGGAGGUUUGCAUCCCGCACACCCUGCUGUCCAAAAACUCCUACCUGUUCAAUCAAGCUCAAGGAUCCUUCAAUGCAUACUAUGAGUUAGUAGGAGAUUGGGUAUUCACAUAUAAAGGGAGCAAGUGUGCCCUCAACCCAAAUGGGUCUCUAAAGGACGCCAAAGACAUUGUUUUUUACAACAAUCCUGAUGAUGCCGUCCCCAUUUCCACUCCAUCCUCCUCUGCCCAGCCACCCACAGACGCCUUCUCUGUGCUGCUGCAGACUGGAUGCAAACCAGUGCCACUUACUGCAGUUAGGAAGAAGGUUGUGUUACAGCUCUCCACUCCAUUAUCUGACAACAACAUGGAUAUUGAUACUGACCACGGUGCUGGUCAAUCAGAUGAGGCCAAGGACGAAGAUGUACCAGCACCUGAGGACAAACCCGAGGAUCUUCAAGACACCACCAUCCGAGCCGCUUUAUCAAAGAGGAUGCUGGUGAACUUGAAAGCAAGUACACAUUUCGCGGAGGUAUCUCUACACUACGCACGCACAUUUGUCGUAAUAAAGGCCAUUUUCAACUUUACAAGUCACACUGCGAAGCCGCAAACAUCACCAUACACCCUUGAGCAGUUGCAACUGGUGAGGUUCAAUCCCUAUAGUUCAAGGCAAUCCACCCUCAAUGGCAGCCUUGCCCCGAAAGUGCCCAUGUUUACCAAGGCAGGGCUUCUGGAGUAUAUUAUGGAGUUGAUUGUCGGAUGGAUGACCUCUGACAAUGCCACCAAUAAUGAUACCACCAUGAAAGCAGUUGGACAAGAAAUCGAUCCUGAGGGUGCCAAGAACAUAUACUUAAUCUCGCAGCACACCACUUCGUUGACGCUGUUGCCCCCACACCUCAAGCUGCUCUCAUGA